UAGCUUUCACUCUUAUUUUUUCUCAAAUUACCAAACAAGAUCUACUUUUUGUUACAAAUUUAGAAUUUUCCUUGGGUUUUGGAAAGUUGGGUUGGUCUUUUAUAGAUUCCUCAACCUCUCACUUAUUGUGGAAUUUUCCUUUUUUUUUUAAAAAAUAAAUCAAGAUUCCUUUCCUAUGCCUCUCUUGUGUAUGAUUAAAUGCCCGUGAGAGUGAGACCAUAAAAAGACCCCUCAUUUCUCAAUCAUUUGCCAAGAAAACCAAAAGGGGUUGUUUAUUAAGUGGUGGUUUCCACUAUACAUGAUCAAGAAAACAUGAACAGAGAAAUGGGAUUUCUAUCCCCUGCAACAUACAUCAAGAAUUCAAGCUGGUUGUUUGAGGAAAACAAAGGAACAAGAUGGACACCUGAAGAGAACAAAGUGUUUGAAGAAGCACUUGCUUUAUUUGAUAAAGAUACUCCAGAUAAAUGGUACAAUGUAGCAGCAAUGAUCCCUGGGAAAACAGUGAAUGAUGUGAUCAAACAGUAUAGAGAAUUGGUAGAUGAUAUUAGUGAUAUUGAGGCAGGGUUAAUACCAGUACCUGGCUAUACUACUAGUAAUUCUUUCACAUUAGAGUGGGUCAAUAAUCAAGAUGCUUUUCAUGGAUUCAAGCAAUUUUAUGGUCAAUCUGGGAAACGAGGCUCGUCGAAUCGAUCUUCUGAACAUGAAAGGAAGAAGGGUGUGCCAUGGACUGAGGAAGAGCACAAGCAAUUUCUGCUGGGGCUGAAAAAGUAUGGAAAAGGAGACUGGAGAAAUAUUUCGCGCAAUUUUGUGACGACAAGAACUCCAACUCAGGUAGCUAGCCAUGCUCAGAAAUACUUUAUUAGGCAGCUUUCUGGUGGAAAAGAUAAAAGGAGAUCAAGCAUACAUGAUAUCACAGUUGUCAAUCUUACUGAAUCCAAGUUUAUUUCCCCUGAGGAUCAUAAAUCGGCCCCUUCUCCACAAGCGCAACACCAUUCAAAAAUGAAUGGCAUGGUAAAAACAAUAUGUGAGUAUAAUUUACCAAAUCAAGAAUCAGACAUAACAUUUAACUCAUCAAGUGGUGGUCUGAUUGCCAUGCCUUUUCGAGGGGCUCCAUCGUAUGGACUCGAGCAUGGAAUGCAUAACAUUGCUCUACAAGGUCUCCAGUUUGGUAACUACAAUACUAUGUGUUGAGUCGGGGAAGAUUCAAUUCAAAGUUCAGUCCUUGUUUGUCAGGAGUAGUGAGGAUUCAUAUAGCCGUCUCAGCUCCAACUUGUUUGGAAUUGAGGCAUAGCUGUUGUUGUCGUUUGUCAAGACCACGAGCAAAAACAACCACUACUAGAAAUAGAUUUGCUUUAGUUAGUUCAUAUUGCAACCAAAGUGGGGUUGCUCAUUAUUUAGGAAAACUUUGAGCUAUUUCCUUGCACUAAUUGUCUACUGUGUUUCUUCAAAGUGUGAAUGAGGUUGAUUUAAACA